GGCCGCGAGCAUUCUCCAGCUGUGACGUUGACACCGCUAUAGCUCCCGGAGACUGUCGCGGCACCCAGCACCCACGCAUAAGCGCGACGGAGCGGGCUUUGAGCAAAAGCUGAUAUUAUCUUUGCGCGUUUGUCACAACCGAGUGCUUUUAUCAAAGCAAAGCGCCUCUGUCAGCGCAGGAAGCUGGGAACGCCCCGUUUCAUUGCUCUCUGUGUCUUCGAUACUGGAGUACCAAUAGUGCAGCAUGGCGUUGUUCCUGGGAUUGCCGGAAUGGCUUAUACUCGCAGCGACCGUCUGCAUCCUUUAUUACCUAAAACUUAUUGUCGUAAAAAAAGAAGUCAUUGUGACACAAAGUUGGUUUCGGAAAGAUAUGCUUCUCGGAAUCGCAACUACUGGAAAAACCAAAACGUUGUGUCGGAGCCAUUUUCCCUCAUAUUCGGUCCUACGUUGAAGCUUUUCUACAAAGCCGUCCACGCGAUUGACAAUGAGCGGUAUCGUAAGUAUGGAAAGUUCUUCGGGGCCUUCGAGUCCAACAAGCUCAUUCUGUUUGUCGCCGAGCCCGAAUUGGUGAAGCAGGUUUUAGUAAAGGAUUUUCCAUCACUCCCAAACAGAAGGCCGUUCAAGCUUUACGACCCUUUGCUGGACAACAUGAUGAGCAUCGCUCCUGUUGAACAGUGGCGGAAGAUUCGACCAGCUGCGAGUCCAGCAUUCUCCACUGGAAAGCUGCGAAAGAUGAACUCGCUAAUCGAGGACUGCGCACUUAUGACCGCGGAACACUUGAAAAAGGCGGCUUCUAAUCGAGAAGACAUCGAUGCCAAACAAUUCUUUGGUCACUACACAUUGGACGUCAUUGCGAGGUGCGCUUUCGCCACAAGGCUGGACUCCCACUCUGACCAGACCAACGAAUUCGUGACCAGAUCAAGGCAGGCCUUCUCUGGACGCAUCACACCUCGCCUUUUCUUGUUCUUCGUAUUUCCAGCCAUUGCAAAAAUGCUAAAACUUCGACCAUUCAACGCAGAAAUCUUUCUGUACUUCAAGCACACAUGUCAGAACAUCAUCAAGGCCCGACAGGACAAACAAUCCCGCCACGAAGACUUUUUGCAGCUGAUGAUGGAUGCUCAGGAAGGAAAACUUGGGUCUACGGCAGAAACCACUGAGCGGGACAACCAGCUCUUCAACCUUGGCUCAGAUGUCAAGCCAGAUACUUCGUUUUCGUCGAACAAGACCCUGACUGAGGACGAGUCCAUGGCGCAGUGCGUACUGUUCUUCAUCGCUGGCCAGGACACAACCUCAACAGUGAUCUCGUUCACGCUGUACUUGCUCGCAAUUCACCCUGACGUACAGGAGAAGCUGAGAGAGGAAGUCGACGAGUGUUUCAAGGUUCACGGAGAACACCCGAGCUUGGAUGUCGUCACAAAACUCAAGUACCUAGACUGCGUUGUCUCCGAGUCUCUUCGAAUGUAUCCUCCAGCGACGCGUAUUGAGCGAUCACCGUAUGAAGACUACGUUCUCGGAGAAACGGGAGUGAAGGUGAAGAAGGGCGAGUUGGUGGCCAUCCCCGUGUACUCCAUGCACUACGACCCGCAGUACUUUCCCAAUCCUUCGAAGUUUGAUCCAGAAAGGUUCAGCGACGAGAAUGUCGAGUCCAUACAACCGUACACAUACCUGCCAUUUGGAGCAGGGCCUCGCAACUGCAUCGGCAUGCGCUUCGCCUUGCAAGCAGUGAAGCUGUCUAUCCUGCACACCAUCCGGAACGUGAAGGUGGUUCGCACGGAAAAGACAAAAGUGCCCCUGGAAUUCCAGAACGGAUUCAGCGUGCUGACAGCCAAGGACCUCACAUUAGGAAUACGUAAAAGGGGCUACAUGGCGUUGUUCCUGGGAUUGCCGGAAUGGCUUGUACUCGCAGCGACCGUCUGCGUGCUUUACUACCUAUAUGCUUCUCGGAAUCGCAACUACUGGAAAAACCAAAACAUUGCGUCGGAGCCAUUUUCCCUCAUAUUCGGCCCUACGUUGAAGGUUUUCUACAAAGCCGUCCACGCAAUUGACAGUGAGCGGUAUCGUAAGUAUGGAAAGUUCUUCGGGGCCUUCGAGUCGAACAAGCUCAUUCUGUUUGUCGCCGAGCCCGAAUUGGUGAAGCAGGUUUUAGUAAAGGAUUUCCCAUCACUCCCAAACAGAAGGAUAAUGAAGUUUCACGACCCUUUGCUGGACAACAUGAUGAACAUCACUCCUGUCGAACAGUGGAGGAAGAUUCGACCAGCUGCGAGUCCAGCAUUCUCCACUGGAAAGCUGCGAAAGAUGAACUCGUUAAUCGAGGACUGCGCAGUUGUGAGCGCGGGACACCUGAAAAAGGCGGCUUCUAAUCGAGAAGACAUCGAUGUCAAACAGUUCUUUGGAAACUACACAUUGGAUGUCAUUGCGAGGUGCGCUUUCGCCACAAGGCUGGACUCCCACUCUGACCAGACCAACGAAUUCGUGACCAGAUCAAGGCAGGCCUUCUCUGCACGCAUCACACCUCGCCUUCUCUUGUUCAUCGUAUUUCCAGCCAUUGCAAAGAUCCUAAAACUUCGACCAUUCAACGCAGACAUCUUUCUGUACUUCAAGCAGAUAUGUCAGAACAUCAUUAAGGCCCGACAGGACAAUCAAUCCCGCCACGAAGACUUCUUGCAGCUUAUGAUGGAUGCUCAGGAAGGAAAACUUGGGUCUACGGCAGAAAAUACCACUGAGAGGGACAACCAGCUCUUCAACCUUGGCUCAGAUGUCAAGCCAGAUACUUCGUUUUCGUCGAACAAGACCCUGACUGAGGACGAGUCCAUGGCGCAGUGCGUACUGUUCUUCCUCGCUGGCCAGGAUACAACCUCAACAGUGAUCUCGUUCACGCUGUACUUGCUCGCCAUUCACCCUGACGUGCAGGAGAAGCUGAGAGAGGAAGUCGACGAGUGUUUCAAGGUUCACGGAGAACACCCGAUCUUGGAUGUCGUCACAAAACUCAAGUACCUAGACUGCGUUGUCUCCGAGUCUCUUCGAAUGUAUCCUCCAGCGACGCGUAUUGAGCGAUCACCGUAUGAAGACUACGUUCUCGGAGAAACGGGAGUGAAGGUGAAGAAGGGCGAGUUGGUGGCCAUCCCCGUCUACUCCAUGCACUACGACCCGCAGUACUUUCCCAAUCCUUCGAAGUUUGAUCCAGAAAGGUUCAGCGACGAGAAUGUCGAGUCCAUACAACCGUACACAUACCUGCCAUUUGGAGCAGGGCCUCGCAACUGCAUCGGCAUGCGCUUUGCCUUGCAAGCAGUGAAGCUGUCUAUCCUGCACACCAUCCGGAACGUGAAGGUGGUUCGGACGGAAAAGACAAAAGUGCCCCUGGAAUUCACGAACGGAUUCAGCGUCCUGACAGCCAAAGACAUCACAUUAGGAAUACGGAAAAGGGACUAGCAAUUUUCCUUUAUUUUUUAUUCCAGAAGCCGUUGAGGUUUUGAGGACUGGGUGCAGCUGACUGUGCGAACGGCUUUGUGUAUUUGUAUAGUAAAAGACGGACAUAUACAGCUUUACAGUUGCACAGCGACUUCGUGUUCAACAACUUGAUGUCAUCCGGCCAACACAGAGACAUUCUUAGAAGAUCUGUCGCACGUGUCUGAGCUUUUGGGUGCAUCUUCAGUUUUAUUCUUUACCUCUUCGUCUCCAUCUCGUAACUUUCAAUGCCUUUACAUACCCCACCCCUUAAUUGAGAGCAGGACAGCCAGCCGGAGAAUGCACUGGCUUAUCUGCACGUCUCUCCUCCCAAUUUUCGUCUUUUCCCCUCCUGGAUGUAUGCGCUUUGUUAAGACGAACGACACUGUACGAAGAUGUGUCCAAUGUGCAAUAAAUAUAAGAAUGGUGUCCUG